AUGAAGAGAAAUUUUGGUGGGAAGAGACUCACCAGCGAGCAUUUGAUGCCAUUAAAGAAUAUUUGGCCAAGCCUCCGGUGCUUAUUCCACCAAAGCGGAAGUCUACUAGCCCAAGACAAUGAUGAGAAGAAAGAGCAAGCGGUAUACUACCUCAGCCGAAUUCUAACGGCCACCGAGAGGAAAUAUUCUCCGAUGGAGAAACUUUUCUUAGCCCUAUACUUUACCGUGACCAAGUUAAGGCAUUACAUGUUGCCCUUCGUGGUGCAUAUAAUCGCCAAGACUGAUUUGAUAAAAUAUAUGCUCACUCGCCCAAUCAUUAGAGGGCGGAUAAGAAAAUGGACAAUGGCAUUGGCGUUAUUCACUUUCCGAUAUGUGCCCCAGUAG